AUGACGGCGCCGUCUGUGCCAGUGCUCGAAGGCACUCAGCUCGGUCCGAAGCAAGAUCGCCCCAUAAGACGUACACCGUCCUUCAAUGCAGCCAUACUGGCCGAAAUGAUCCUGCCGGAACCGAGUGCCAUCACUGAAGCGGAAAGGGAGCGACAAAAGUCUGAAAAGGUCAAGCAGCUCGAGAAUCAGAUCAGCAAGCUCGACUUGGCCGAGCCGAGCGCUGUGCAGGAGAUCAGUGCUGCUCAGGAUCGCGAGCGAACGAGAGAGUUGCUACAAGAUCUCAUUGCUGCUCUCGAGCUUGGCGAACCAGAGUAUGUCACUCGUGCCAACCUCAGAGCGGACGGCACAAGGACACCUGAGCCAGUUCGUAAAGCAGAAGGAACCGCUCGCACGACUGCUGGUACCACGGGCAAUUUCCUCUCGCCCGCUCCGGCCCAUCAAGCUUCUAUGCCCCUAGCGACAGUCAUAGAGAGCCCGAGCGCACCCACAGCGGCUUUGCCUGAGCAGUCUACCAGCAAGCUGCCCGUAUCAGAUUCGAGCGCCCUGCCAGCAGAGGCUGUCGUCUCGGGCGCGACCGCGACGAAUGGCUCCAUCCCUCUCACUGCCGAAGCAAGAGCAGCAGCAGAUCAAAAGGUCACGCCCUGGGAUGUCGAAGGUGCCGUCGUCGACGGCAAAGCGGUCGCGAUAGAUUACACCAAGCUCAUAGAUCAGUUCGGAACGAGGCCAAUAGACAAAGAGCUGUUGGAUCGUAUGGAGCGCUUGACAGGUCGCAAGCCGCAUCUGCUGCUCAGGAGGGGAACGUUCUUCUCUCACAGAGAGCUUGGGCGUAUACUGGAUCGCUACGAGCAAGGGAAGCCCUUCUAUCUCUACACCGGACGCGGGCCAAGCAGCUGCAGCAUGCACCUCGGUCACAUGAUACCCUUUGUCUUCACCGCUUGGCUGCAAGACGUCUUUGACUGUCCGCUGGUCGUACAGCUCACAGACGACGAAAAGUUCCUGUUCAAGCCUGCGCUCAAGAUCGAGCAAGUGCAAGGCUUCUCCGUCGAGAAUGCGAAAGACAUCAUCGCGUGUGGCUUCAAGCCCGACAAGACGUUCAUCUUUAACGAUCUUGACUAUGUCGGCGGCGCCUUCUACGCCAAUGUCGUGCGAAUUGCUAGAUGUAUACCGUACAACCAGAGCAAGGCCGCCUUCGGCUUCAACGAUUCCGACAAUAUCGGCAAAAGUCACUUUGUCGCCGUUCAGGCCGCACCCUCCUUUUCCAACUCGUUCCCUCAGAUAUAUGGCACAAAGUCUGACAUCCCUUGCUUGAUCCCAUGUGCCAUCGAUCAGGACCCAUACUUCCGCCUCACGCGUGACGUUGCAGCCAAGCUGAAGUAUCCAAAGCCUGCUCUGAUACACAGUCAAUUCUUCCCCGCGCUGCAAGGCCCUCAGAGCAAGAUGUCUGCAAGCGAUGCAGAGUCUUCCAUCUUCAUGACCGACACGCCCAAGCAGAUUCAGCAGAAGAUUAACAAGCAUGCAUUCUCGGGGGGUCAGGUUAGCAUCGAAGAGCAUCGCAGAUUGGGCGGCGAUCCAGACGUCGACGUUGCGUAUCGCUAUCUCGGCUUCUUCCUUGACGAUGAUGAAGAGCUUGCGAGGAUAGGACAAGAAUAUCGGAAAGGUACCCUUUUGUCAGGCGAGCUCAAAAAGAUCUGCAUUGGCAAGCUGCAAGAGUUUGUCAAAGGCUUCCAAGAGGCAAGCACUAGACGGGCCAAGGUUACGCCCGAGGUGGUCAAGCACUUUAUGGACGGCAAUAGACAGAUCGACCCUAGCGUCAGCCGAACUUCGACGAACGCUUGA